UUCUAGCCAAAGAAAAAAUCACGAACGAACUACAUUUCCCAUAAUGCACCGGUUCAGUGUAUUUCUUCCUGUGUCAGCCCGUUUCUUUGCCUGACCCAUCAGCUGACGGGGCAGAGAAGUCUGAAUGAGUGCUGUGGUGCACUUGUAAUGCCCCUGGAGGUGAAAUGGCCAUUUCCACAGUGCCCCCGCCUGGGCUGGAGGAUAUCCAGCUCGCUGGUGAUGGGCAUGGUGGGCUCGUACAGCUACCUAUGGACCAAGUACGUGAACUCGUUAACAGUUCACAACCACAACGUUUUGUUGGACUUGGUUGAUGAACGGCCUCAGGACACGCCCCUUAUCACUGUAUCCAAUCACCAGUCCUGCAUGGAUGACCCGCACAUCUGGGGGGUGUUGAAACUUCGGCAGCUAUGGAACUGGAAAAGAAUGAGGUGGACUCCUGCAGCCUCAGACAUUUGCUUCACAAGGGAAAUCCACUCACGGUUUUUCAGUAGAGGAAAAUGUGUGCCUGUAGUUCGGGGUGAUGGAGUGUAUCAGAGAGGAAUGGACUUCCUCGUGGAGAGACUCAAUCAGGGGGACUGGGUACACAUAUUUCCAGAAGGAAAAGUGAACAUGACAGAAGAGUUCAUCAGGUUAAAAUGGGGAGUUGGCCGGUUGAUUGCAGAAUGCUCCCUUCACCCAAUAAUUUUACCUCUGUGGCAUGUGGGUUUGAAUGAUGUACUUCCAAAUAAACCACCCUACAUCCCUCGGGCAGGAAAGAGAAUAACUGUCUUGGUUGGAAAGCCCUUCACAGUUAAGCACUUGGUUGAAGCCCUGAGAGCAGAAAACAGAAGUCCGAUGGAAAUGAGGAAAGCAGUGACAGAUUUCAUUCAGGGUGAGUUUCGCAGUUUGAAAUCCCAGGCAGAAGCUCUUCAUCAGAGGAUGCAGGCAGGGCGGUGAUCUACACAUCAGGAGCCUUUUGCCUCAGGGGAAAUGCUGGAUGUGAUCUGAAAGACAAAAUACAUAAACCUGCUUCAGCAGGCAGCCAGUGGGCCAGAGUGUGUUACGGCGCUUCCAGUCAAAGAAGUGUGGAGUGGAUUCAUUGACAUUAAUGGAUCACUCCUGGUCCCUUCUGAUCGAUGCUUCAUCCGUCCAGGAUCUGUGUUAGUGACAAACAAGUUGGAAAUUCCUCUGUUUUUGUCAUGAUGGGAAUCAUUUUCUAGAUUUUGUGGUGGCCUGAGAGAAAUUUCUAGUGCAUAAACCGUUCCUUAGAUUAAUUUUAGAUCUUUUAAAUGCUAAUCUCCCAAUAUUGAAAUGUAAUUAUUGCACGAAGAUGCAUCUGCAGCUUGUCUGCAAUCUGAACUGUUAAUUUUUGAAUUGCUGUGUUGCAACAAUUUUUUCUGAUAUGAAUAUCUUAAAGGGUCCAUAUAAUGGAAAACUGUUUUUUUCCUUUUUAAAAUAAAUAUAUAAAGUUUCAAAACAUACCAUUCACUCCUCAGUCCGUACAGUCCAUUUUGAACGGUCUCUUUUGAAAUUGCUGUUUUUGUGAUGUCACAGAAUCCAAGACACCUAUAGCUUCCUGUUCAGCCUAUGACAUUUUUUCCCACCCUUUCGUGUUGCCAUUGUAAGGAGUACUUCAACCCUGACUGCUUUUUAAAUGAGGCACAUAACUUAUAACUUACAUAUGUCGGUACCAAAAACAGCCUGUUUAAUUCUAAAAGAUAAAGAUGCUGUAAAAUUGAAUUAUGACUGUUUUUGGUACAAAAAACCUAUACAGACCUUUUACAUGGACCAGAUGGGUAAAUAUUAAAUGCAAGAAAAUAUAGGAUAUGGGCCCUUUAAGAGUGGCAGCAUUUUUUUAAAGAAUAUAAAUCAUGACUAUGUAAAUGAUUUUGAGAGAGAUAUAAAAUGUAUUUAGAAGUAGCUUUGCACACUUAUUUCACUUUAAAUAAAAAUGCUAUACUUGAUUUUAGCAUUGACAUGAUUUUAGAGAAAGCGAAACGGUUUACUCAAAUUAUAUUUUCAUAAAUUUUUCAUAUCUGUUCAGAAUUUCAUUGAACGUGAGAUCUAUUCCAGUUGGACUUUAUAGCUUUUGGUAUUUGGAAGGGUUUUAAAAAUGGAUUUAGCUGUAGUGUUUAUUGGCAGCUGAAUGUGAAUGAUUUUUUUCUCCCUUCUGCUGUCUUCUGUGAUCAUAUCUUAAUUAUGUGGUUAUGUGUUAUUACUUCCUCUGUCUCGGAUGCCUUGUCUGCUUUUCUGUAUUUUCAUACCUUUUCGUUGACCAUCUAGUACAGUCAUGUUUCUGUAUCAACCUGUGAAAAACUGCCUUACUGAACCUCACUGAACCACACUGAACCACCACACGUCUCCCUGUAUGCCAGUAAAAACAAAGAAGGGCAAAACUGUUUCAUGCUGUAAUGUUUUUUUAGGACGCUGCAAGUGUUCUUGUCUUGUGGAAUGCCAAUUAUAGCAAAUCCAGCAUUGUUCAAAAUGUAAAUGCAUUCAAUGUUCUAUGCAACAGCUUUCUGUCCACACCUUUUAUGGAAUUAAAAAAAGAUGAUAUGAUCAAAAGAUCCACAUGUUAAGAGACCAGAGUUAUUAGAAUUCAAGAAUUUGUGGCCAAAUGUAGGUUUGGAUUAAUCAUGUGGCCUCUAUCAUGGUAACAUCCCAAAUGGCAUAAAUGCAGCCUACAUGGGACACUUUAGAGGAAGGACACUUCAAACUAGCAUCACUCCAAAUCAGUGUUGGAAGAACAAAACACCUCAGCAGACCUUUAGACACAAGAUAAGAGAACGCUGCAAGGACCAACCAGUGGACACUUUGCUUAAUUUGGCAAAAAGGGCUCAAAUUGAAUAAAAGCUCCUUUUCCUGAUCUGGUAUGAUGUGCUACUUGCUAGCCAUGCAAGCCAAUAUUUCAUUCAACUAUUUGAACACAGCCAAACUCUAGCAAAAAAAUGUGUUUUUUUUUUUUUUGUUUUUUUUCCGACACCACUCAAACACUAUAUCAUUUAAUUGUGCUAGACUACUAGACGACUGGAGUUACAUUAGCCAAUCUUCUUAUGAGAAUGUACUUGCCCUGAGUGUAAGAAUGACUUCAAAGGGAAAUCUGUUGAGUUUUUAUUGUUCACCAUACCUAAUCAGUCAGAAUUGUUCACAGUGUGCUGACAGGAACCAAACAUCUGAAGUGCCUUUAUUGCCUUGAAAACUACAGAAGCAGGUUUGUGAUAUGAUUUUAAAUGAAUUCAUGGUGGAGUGUUUUUUUUUCUUUUCAGAUUUUACCAUCAUUAACAUUAUGUAUAAAGACUCAGUACGUGUAGGUUCACUGUUCAUUCUGGAUAGCAAAUAAAAUGGAUACAUUUGCAAGGAAGAGGGUGGGGCAGCUGCUAUGGUGUGUGUUUAAUAAAGUGAACAUGUUGAUUAUGGGUAA